GCGCCCACAAACCAAAAAACCAAAGUGAGACCGGUUUAGAGAGCACCAUGGGGGACCUCAUUCUUGGGGUGGCCAAGACCGUGGUAGAAGGGACGCUGAUCAAGGUCAGGUCCGCCAUCGACGAGGAGACAAAGCUGAAGGAGAGCGUCCAACGUGACCUUGUUUUCAUCACCGGUGAGUUCGAAAUGAUGCAAUGCUUCCUCAAUGUCACCAGUGAGGAGGGCGCCAAGAAUGUGGUGGUGAAGGCCUGGGUGAGGCAGCUCAGGGACCUCGCCUUCGAUGUUGAAGACUGCAUAGAGUUUGUUCUCCAUCUGGACGACAAGUCGGCCUGGUGGUGGCGUGUGGUGCCGUCAUGCAUAGCGCCCACGCUGCCCCUGGACCUCGCCGUCGCCAACAUAAAGACGCUCAAGGAGAGAGUCAUCGACAUAAGCCAGAGGAACAUGCGCUACAACAUCACGGGCGACUCAAGCUCCGGCUCCAAGCCGCCGGUCAUCACGCCGGCAGUCACUGGUGCAGCCGAAACGUUUGACAUGCUUGUCGAGGCCCAGGCUGCUGCCAAGAGGCAGAAUGGUUUACGGGACCUCGGCCGGCUGAUCAACCGUGAAGACCGAGACCUUCAAGUGGUCUCCUUGUGGGGAACGAGCAGUGAUGUUGGGAUGAAAUCCAUCAUCACAAAAGCAUACGAUGACCCGGAGACCUGUCGAAACUUCACAUGCCGUGCUUGGGUGAAGCUCGUUCAUCCUUUUAACCCCCAUGAGUUCAUUCGUAGCCUGCUGGCUCAGUUCUUUGCAGAUUCUUGCCAAGACAAACAAACAGCCAUUGGUGUAGAUGUAAUGACGAUGAUGCAGGCGGCGACAAGGACGGAAGAACAUCUCAAGGAAGAGUUUCUGAGCCGAGUUCAUAAGCACAGGUAUCUCGUCGUCCUAGAGAACCUGUGCAGUAUGGUUGACUGGCGCACUGCCAAGACAUAUCUGCCUGACAUCAACAACGGGAGCCGGAUAGUCGUGUCCACGCAGCAAUUUGAAAUUGCAACCUUGUGCACAGGGCACCCGCACAACAUAUCGGAGAUCAGACAGUUCUCACUUGAUCACUCCGUGUGUGUCUUGUUCAAGGAGGGUUCUCAAUAUGAUGGCGACAAGUUCAAAUAUGAAGCGAGGGAUUUUCAACCUUUUGAGUCUGAAGCGGCUAACAUUCUUGAUAUCUUGAAAGGGGUAGACACUGAAAUAAGGCAUGACGGCAAGUCUUUGGCAUUCAAAGUUAUGUCCGUUUGGGGUAUUUCUGGUGUUGACAAAUCAGCUCUUGUAAGAAGUAUUUAUCGGGGCCAAAUGACUCGACAGUAUAGUCACAGGUGGGGCAAGUUCGCGUGGGUCAACAUAGCUUGUUCGCAGGAUUUGGAGGAAUUCUAUCGGAGCUUACUUUGGGAUUUGUGUUCAAUAACAACUGAAGCAGAAGAAAAUGAGUAUCGUGCUAAUCGCUACAUGUCAUAUGAAAAAAGGUGCUGUGAUAUUCUUCGUGAGCAUCGUUGCCUUUUGGUUAUCGAUGGUUUGGAACACAUGAAACAGUGGGACGAGAUAUAUACGGCCUUGAAUCUUGGGGCAGCUAAAGGCCGUACAAUUGCGAUUACAGAGCAAAAGAGCAUUGCUCUGCAUUGUGCAGAUAACGCCGACUUAGUGUGCCACGUCAAAACUUCACCAUCUGAUGCAACUGGCUUUCUCAAAGACCAGGGUUCUGAACGUGACGGGGAUACUAAAUGUCAGGAUCAAGUCACGGAUAGCCAUCCAUUUGAUUCUGAAGCAGCUCGCAUCCAUGAUAUGUUGAGAGUAGACAAUCAAUUCGGGCGUAACAAGUCGUUGGGAUUUCAGCCUUCUGAGUCUGAAGCAAUUAACUUCGAAACAUCAGAACAUGAUGAUGCCCGUGAUCUUUCUAAACAACAGGGUUCUCAGCGUGACAAAGGAAAACAACAUGAUGAAUUCAGUCACAUGGUUGCACCUACAACCCAAGAAAAUUUUCAUCUUUUCGGGCGCCGGUCUGAAGCAGCCAAAAUCCUUGAGAUCUUUGAUAAGAUCGACAGUGAAAUUUCUUACCCCCAAAAGUACCCUGUUUCUUUUCGUGUAAUGUCCGUGUGGGGAAUCGCAGGUAUUGGAAAAUCAUACCUAGUUAGAAGUAUCUACCGCGACCAGAUGAAGUUCAAGUACAGUCACCGAUGGAGUAAACAAGCCUGGGCCGACGUUCCCCACCCGUUCAAUUUGAGGGAGUUAUGCCAGAGCUUACUUUUGAGUUUGUCUUCAGAAUCUGGAAGUGGGAAGGUGGAGGAAUAUUUUGGUAUGUCUUUAGCGGAAGAUCCGAUAAAGGAGUGCCGAGAUAUUCUGCGUGAACAUCGGUGCCUCGUCGUUAUCGACCAUCUGUUGUCUAUUGAAGACUGGGGCACGAUAAAUACAGCCUUAGGACUUGGUUCAACUAAAGCAUAUACCAUUGUUAUUACGAGUGAAGAAAGCAUUGCCAUACAAUGUGCAGACACCUACUCAAUAUGCAACAUCGGAAGCUUACAACCUGAUGCGACCCUUCAGCUCUACAAGGACCAGAUAAAUAAAUCAACCAGUUAUAUAAGAUCUGACAUAGAGGAAGAAGAACUUGCAUUAGUAAAGUCUGGAGGACUUCCCAAAGUAAUAACCGCUGUAUGUCGCUACAUUGUGAGCAAAAGAAGUAUGUGGGAGCUGAAAUAUGGCUUCAUAGAUAUAUUGAAAAACAGUCUAUAUUGUGGUGAUCUUGAGGAUUUCUUUAUCUGGAUGCAGUCAUACUUUCGUUCUUGUCCGGAUUUCCUCAAGCCCUGUGUCUUUUACCUGCCAAUUUUUCCUCCAAACUACAACAUUCGGCGCAGGCGUCUAUUAAGGCGAUGGAUUGCAGAGGGCUACUGUAUGAGCACUAUUAGCGCUAUUGCUGAGAGUAAUGCUGAGACUUCCUUCGAGAAGCUCAUGAGUCUAAGCAUGAUCCAGGAGCCACCACAGGGAAUCAAUUUGCCAGGCUCGGGCAUAAAUUUCUGUCAAAUAAAUGGGUUUUUUCAUGAGUAUAUUAUGUCACAACCAAAGGAAGAUAAUAUGGUGUUUGCACUCGGGGGGGCUGAUCAAAGCCAGCAGUACACAGGGCGACACCUUACCAUCAGGAGCAACUGGAACAGAUCAGAAUUGUUUGAGAUUAUCGACUUCUCGCGGCUACGAUCUUUGACAGUGUUUGGAGAGUGGAGGUCAUUCUUCAUCUCUAAGAAGAUGCAGAUGCUUCGGGUGCUUGAUCUGGAAGACACCACCUCAGAUGUAUCAGAUGAAGAUGUCGAGCAAAUAGUGGAUAUAAUGUCACGCCUCAAGUUCCUCUCCCUGCGAGGAUGCACUACUGUAUCCCGUUUGCCCACUUCAUUGGGCAAUCUGAAGCAGUUGGAGACUCUAGAUGUGAGACACACCUCUAUAACUAUGCUGCCAGAGACCAUCACCAAGCUGCAAAAGCUGCAGUACAUCCGUGCUGGCUCCACAGUUCCAUCGACAGAGUCGCAAUCAAUACAACCAGGAUCCUACAGGUUACCCAAGUUUCGCCGACACCAGUUUAUCAGUGCUCAUCUUGGUGUUAAGGUGCCCAGAGGGGUAGGGAAACUGACAGGUUUGGAUACUCUGGGUGUUGUCAAUGUUGGUGCCUCUGGGGGGAAUGCCUUCCUGAAAGAGCUGAAGAAUCUUACGCAAGUGUGCAAGCUUGCAGUGUCCGGCAUCAACCGUCAGAACAUCGUGGAUUUCGUUUCUGCCAUCUCGGCUCACAGCCUUUUGGACUCUUUGUCAAUGCGUCUUGAUAAGGAUGGUAAGGGUGCCUUGUGUUCUGUCAAUGAUAUCUCCGAGCCUCAGGAGAUUCUCUUGACGAGCCUUAAGAUUCACGGGGAUGUAGACAAUUUUCCAGCCUGGAUGAAGCUUUUUUUUUCUUUGGGAAAGUUGGAUCUUGAAGUGACCAUAUUAACGCAGGAGAUGAUUGAUACCCUUGCAGAUGGGAAUUUCAAAUGCUUACGACUUUGUGUCAAGCCAACUGAAGAUGGUGAGUACAAUUUUUCUAUCGGUCAUACUUGGGGAUUUACCUUCCUCCGGACCCUUGAGAUUGAUUGCAGCUCCACAUUCCUACUAGCUUUUGGGGAAGAUGGAGGGAAGGAGCUUGAGGUGCUGAAAGUUCACAGCUCUUGUAGGCCGCAGAUUUCUGGGCUAGCGAACCUAGAGGGACUCCAGCUAGUCUGGCUUAUAGGUUCUUGUGACAAGACACUCAAGGAAGACGUGGAGCGCCAACUUGCACAGCAUCCAAAUGAAAUCAAACCUGUCUUGAAGCUGGAGGAUGUAUCUUCUCCCCAACUGGCAGAGCAUCCAAAUGAGAUCGAACCUGUCGUGGAGCUGGAGGAAGAAUCUUCUACCCAAGUUGCCGAGCAUCCAAAUGAAAUCCAAAUGGGAUCAAACCUGUCUUGCAGCUCGAGAGAUUCAUUCUCAUCUUGAUGUUCUGACAUGCAUGCUUCCUUCUCAUUCCUGUGUAUCAAAAACCUCCUCUACCUACGGCUAGCAGUUUGUUGGGUGGCUUCCCCAUUCUUUCCUUUGUUCCUUGUAGCACUAUUUCCUGAUGAUCUGGAUCCACAAGAACUGUCUGUUAAUGCUCAGAAGUACUACUGUUUUGCAGUUUUUGUAAUAAUUUUAUAUUCCCGGGGAGUUGAUUGUGAAUAGUAUCAGUUAUAUCA